AUGAGUGAACUCCCGGAAACCUUCUCGGAGACGUUUGGCUUCCAUCUUGAUGGCCAUAAAGAUGGGAUCAAACUCUUUGAUGACCCUGUUGAUCUCGGGAACGAAUCCUUGGCUAAGCUGCCUUUGCAAUUGCUAGCGGUGGGAAACAUCAAGAAAAUCUACGUUGCAUCCAAUGGUGCCAAAGUUGUCAUUGGCCGUGUGGAGACUCUAGAGGAGGAUAGAAGGUACUUCGACAUGCCAAACACUACCACUGUGGCAUUAAGCGCAGAUAACGAAACGAUCUACAUUGUAGCAGAUAACCUGCUAAAACGUGCAUCUACUGAAGAUAUUCUCCUUGGAAAACAUGACUUCAAGAAGGUAGCCUCCGACGUUACAUCUUUUCGAGCGUCUCCAACAGUCACAAGCCUACACGCUUCUCUUCUGAAUCAAGGAUCUCUUAUGAUUUACCACGAUGAUCUGCAAUGUCAUACGAUUGGAAGCGUCUCAGGCUUUGCCUGGACUACCGAUGGAAUAAGCAUAGCUACUGUAUAUGGUGGUGAGUUCAAGGUUCAAAAGUAUGACGGAACAGAACUUGCUACUUACUCUGAAGAUCUGGCUACCUUCAAUCAAGUCGCACCCGUUUUCGAGGAUAGAUGGCUUCUUGUUAGUACGCCGGAGGGCGGAGAUCCGGUCUACACCCUCUUGGAGAAAAAGGGCUCCGAAUUUACAUCUUAUGAGGUGCCAUUGGCACCUCCGUUUGGCGAAGCCGAAAGAGCUCCGCUGCUUUAUAUCAGCUAUUUACAAAAUUGGAUAAAGGACAAAACUUUGACCCUCGUCACUUCGGCGCUUUCAACCGAAAUCAGUACGAUAUUCGCAAAUGCAUCAAACACAGAGCUUGUUAGUCACGCCAAUGACACUGAUCGCGCAGAACUUCCCAUGGACGAUGCUUCUGGAGAGGAUACCUUGCCUGUUGGAUUUGCUGUGGACAUCACUGGCACUAUGAGAGUUGUCAAAGAGCCAUGCCAGGGUGUAGAGGAGGCCAAUGGCGUUUUACCUCGUCUUUUCUGUCUAAAUAACGCCGGAAAUUUGAUUGUAUGGGACGUUUUUGAGUCGGCUGAGAUCAACAAAGAAAACUUGAGCUUGGAAAGAGCACUUCCACAGCUAACUGAGGUCGAUAAGCUGACCUCCUCGCAGGAGAAGGCAUCAGUACUCGUUUCAAACGACAAACUGCUGGAUUUCUCGGGACCGUUCUCUUCAGCCAUACCGAAACAUGAACCGAAGAGUGAAGCCGAAACACAAAAACCAUCUGCUCCUCCGGCGUCGCCAUUUAAGUCUGGCUUUGGAACUAUUGGUCUCGGUUCAUCAUCAUCUACAACACCAUCAUCAUCAGGGUUUGGCCAGCUUGGAUUCUCUGCCCUGGGCACGUCAAAAGCAGCUGGUGACUCAGGAUUUGGCAAAUCUGGGUUUGGUCAGUCAGGCUUUGGUCUGUCAGGAUUUGGUCAAUCAGGCUUUGGUCAAUCAGGCUUUGGUCAAUCAGGCUUUGGUCAAUCAGGCUUUGGUCAAUCAGGAUUUGGACUGAAAACAGCUACACAAAGUAGCGGAGCCGAUGUCAAAUCUGGUUUCGGAAGUUAUGCAUCUAAGGGCAAUGCGUUUGCCUAUUCAACUUCCUCACCAUUUGGCAACGCCUCUUCUGGGAAUGAUAUCUUUGGUUCGAAGAACGAUGAACAGAGUCAGAAGGACUCGAUAUUCGGUGAGCUGUCGAAGGGCAUUUUGGGAGAGACUUCCGAAACAAAAUCAACAUUCGGGCAAUCCUUUGGUGCUAAGCCAUUUGGUAGCUCGAGCGAAGGUAAGUCUAUUUUCGGCCAACCAACUGAUUCAAAGCUUGAAGAUGAGUCAUCAAAGUCAAAGACGAUAUUUGGCGGAGUAUCUGACAUGAAACCCUUUGGUAAAUCAGGAGACCCAUAUAGCUCCUUCGGCAAUCUUGCCUCUAAUUUGGGUGAGGGCCUUCCUACUCUAGGUCAGAAUUCCGAAAAGCCAUCACCUGAAUCCCCUUUAAAGCAGCUGACCUCUUCUAAGCCGUUCGGAAUUAAAGAACAAUCGCUGAAAGACUUUGUGAGUAAUGCAAAAAGCUCAUUAGAAGCGGCCUCAGGCUUUGGCAACUUAUCCUUGGGAGAAAAGGACACUGGUUCAUCGUUAUUCGGCAAGAGACCGUCGACGACAUCCGAGAAGAAGUCAUCGAUAUUUGGUGUGAUAUCGAAUGAGACGUCUCCUUUUGGAGAGCCUAUGCAAAGUGAGAAGAAUUACACUAAGACACCGCUGACAGAAGCAAAAGAGGAUUUAGCAAAACUUGAUGUGUCAAAUGAUUCUACACCUGAUAAACUAUUGGAUGAAACUGAAGAUAAAGACUUGAAGUCAAAUUCUAUAUCUCCCGAGUCUGAAGAAGAAGCUUUAGAUUCCUCGACCAAGUCUACACGUCCUGUUGAUCAGGUUGACGUUUCAUCUCCUUCAGGACAGGAAGUCCCAGCACCUUCAGCAAAUGAGACUUCAGAAGAGAAGGGUAAACAUUUGAAUCUGGACCCUAUGCUAGGAAGUGAGGAGCAGAAUAAUGACAAAAUCCCAAGCUUGCCAUCGCAGAAGCCAAACCUGAUACCUUCAGAUGAAAAAUCCUCAAGCGUUAGGCGUGUUGAGCAAAGCCUUCAAAGAAACAAUGGAAGUGAGACAGAAGCAACAGAUUUUGCCGAUGAGGAGACUUCAGAUAAGGAAGUUUCAGCGUCUCCUUUAAUCGACGCGCCUCCUUCAUUAGUUGACUUCGAGAUGCUAGUUUUAUCUGGUCUCGAAAAGCUGGAAAAUUCUGGCACCAAAGUUGAACAAGAGAUGCGUACCAUACUUCAAACCACGGACGCAAUGAUAAAGGUUUUGAUUACAAACUCUCAUCAUAUUGCGUCCAGAAUCAGGGCUCUUGAGUAUGAUAAAGAUGAAAAUGACUACAAGCGUCUAGGUACAACAAACGCCGUUGCAAAGAAAGCAAUGGAGCUUAGGCUGAUGGGCGAAAAGGCGUUGUCUUCAGCAACCGAUCUCAACCGCAAAAUCGAUGAUAUCAUGGAAAUUGCAGAAGCCUCUGAAAAAUGGCUCUUCCGGUGCGAGCGGGCGCUUUCCCUGUUAUCUAAGUAUGAACGGUCUAUCAAGCUGAAAGAGCUCAAAGAACGACCUCUUGAGAUCAAGGCAGAAAUUAUGAGAAGGAAAUUGCGCCAGAAGAUGGCUGAAGUCGAAAGACAAUACGACGAAGCAAUGAGAGCAAUAAUGCCUCUCCAAAUAAGAAAAAAAAUUGAUAACGGCUUGGUCGACAAGCUCGAGCAGGUUGUCUACGAGAUCAACACCAAGAUCAAGAUGUAUUCUAAAGAUAUUUCAAAAAUCGAAGAAGACAUUGCUCUGUUGAGUGAGCAACGUCUCAUCAAAGAUACACCUGAGGUCGACACAAGCCUUCCCUUAACGUUUCUGGAUACAAAAUGGAAGUGGGCGAGGGAACUCCACAACCCUCAAGUGUAUAGAAGCGAGCUUUAA